AUGGCACAGCCCGAGCUCACCGUCGGCAUUCUCCUCUUCCCCGGAUUCGAAGUCCUAGACAUGGCCGGUCCAGUCGAAUGCCUCAACGUCCUAGCAGUCCACAUGGGCAAAAAAUUGCAAUCAUAUGUUAUAGCCGAGACAAUGGAGCCCGUGACGCCCGAUCACAUUACACCCGGACCAUCUUCAUCCUUCGCUGCCCAACAGCGCUAUUUACCCACCCAUACUUUCGACAAUGCACCCGCUGUGGAUUUGUUGAUCAUACCAGGUGGACCAGGCUCUGGAAAGCGAGAGAUGUUGCAACCAACCUUGGAAUACAUCAAGAACGUCCAGAAAGGCUUCAACGGCUAUCCACCAGCGAAAUACCUGUUUAGCGUGUGUACGGGAUCUUUAAUCUUCGCAUGGGCUGGUGUGCUAGAUGGUCAACGCGCCACGACGAAUAAGUCUUUGUGGAAGUACGUCACGUCUCAUGGUCCCUCAACACACUGGAUUGCCAAGGCGAGAUGGGUUACGAGCGAGAAUGUCUGGACGACUUCUGGUGUGACGGCGGGGAUUGAUGGAAUGCUUGCGUUGGUCGCGUCUAUCUGGGGGGAGGAAGUUGCGGAUCAAGUGAGCGCGACUAUGGAGCAUACUAGAGCCAAGCGGUCGGRUGAUGAUCCUUGGGCUGGGAAGUAUAGUUGUGAGGAUGUUGCGCCUGGUGAGCGGGCGGAGCUGUCGCGGUGA